GACCGUCUCCCUACUUUUCCCCUACGGAAAAUGUCUAUCUCCACUCCAAAUUUUAUCCCUCCAUUCCGACAUCAUCACUAACCGAUCAACCUUCCACUAAAAUCCACAGUCUACAGUGAUAAACUGACCUGGAAGACCGAAUAAAUGACUGGAAGCAGUAAUUUUGAUCUGAAUUAAUACUUUCAUGGCUCCAUACUCAAAAUACUCUGUAUCUGCAGUGUAGCCUCAAAUUCUCUCCCCUCUGUUAGAUCUGAUCAAGCAAACAAAAGUCUAUAUUUUCCGAUAUUUGAAGAGUAGGAGAAAUGGGUCGUGGGGUUAGCAGCGGUGGAGGACAGAGCUCGUUGGGGUAUUUGUUUGGAAGCGGUGAAGCUCCAAAAGCAGCGGUGCAAAAAGCAGAAGCUGCUCCGAGUGAAAACAGAUCAGCUGCAAUUAAAGAACCUUCGCCAAAGCCUAAUGCCGCUCCUCCUCAGCCGGUAGAUAUCAGCAAGCAAAUUCCUGCGGGUAUUCAUAGUAGCACUAACAACAACUACAUCAGAGCCGACGGUCAAAAUACUUGCAAUUUCAUUACGGAUCGACCAUCAACAAAAGUUCAUGCCGCUCCAGGCGGAGGUUCUUCUUUGGGUUACUUGUUUGGCGGUGGCAGUAAUUAAUUAGGCACACUGCAACUUUUCGUGUCUAUUACGUCAAAUUACAGUAUCUGCAUCUAAUAUUGUGUCAAUUUCUGUGAAAUUUAUGGGACCUUUUUUUUUUCUGCUCAAUGUUUGUGAAUUGUCAUCUAAUACUCCGAUCGCUCUUCAAUGUGUUGUCUGAAAAUAUGACGACUAAAUGCCUGGAUGUAUAAGCAUGUAUCGAUUAUCAAAUGCUUCGUUUGUAUAAAAAUAAUGACAACGGUAUAUUAAUAUCUUGCAUCUCAUGCUCUUAUCAGUUUGU